AUGCAGCAACAUCACAAUCAACCUUUCCCGUCCAAUUCAUCAUCAUCAUCAUCACUACCACAUCACCAUCAUCAUCAAAAUAAUAAUAUUCACCAAAUAGUUAAUCAUCAACAUUACAUGGAAAAUCCGCUUUCCCGAAUAAAUUUCCGAGCAGAAAAACAAUUUCUCGAAAGGCGGGAAUUUUAUGGCAAGUGUAGGAACGUGGAAGAGUUUGAAAAGUUGGAGAAGAUAUUUGAGAAUGUGUACAAGGCAAGGGAUUUGAAGAGUAAUGAGAUUGUGGCGUUGAAGAGAUUAGAUUUUAGUUCGAGAUAUGAGGAGGGAAUUUCGUUGGCUUAUUUGAGAGAAAUUUCAUAUUUGCAACAAUUUUGUCAAGAAUUGAAACAUGGAAAUAUUUUGGGAUUGAGGGAGAUGGUGGUUGGAAGUAAAUUGGAUAGUGUAUUUAUUGUGAUGGAUUUUAUAGAGAAUGAUUUGACGACUGUGAUUGAUAAAUCAAAGAGAUUUGCAUUGCUUGAAUCGGAAAUUAAGUGUAUAAUGUUACAAAUUUUAGAGGGUGUGAAUUAUUUACAUGAAAAUUUGAUUAUUCAUAGAGGAAUUAUUAAGAUUAUUGAUUUUGGAUUGGCAAGGAGUGACACAAAGUUUUUGGAUGGAGAUCUCGCCUAUGGAAGUAGUCAUCAAAAGGACUCUAUCAUUGAAAUGUUCAAGAAAAAGACGCCAAAUCUCAUAACCCUCUGGUAUAGACCUUUAGAACUCUUGUUGGGGACAUUGGACUAUGACAAGUCGAUUGAUAUGUGGAGUGUUGGAUGUAUUUUUGCUGAAAUACUAUUGAGGAGGCCAUUAUUUGGAGCUGAUACUGAAAUUCAAGCAUUUGAUAUGAUAUUCAAACUGUUAGGAGCACCAAGUGAAUCAUGGCUCAAGUCAGGGAAUUUCCCUUCUGCCUCCAAAUACCUUUCCCCUAAUUUACUGAAAAAGUAUGAAAAUGUGAAUGCCCGUGAAAAUAUUAGAAGAACAUUCUCUCAAGCUAAUGUAGAUCCGAAAUGUAUUGACCUCAUUGAAAAGCUUCUCGUUAUUGAUCCAAAGAAACGACUCACAUGUAAGGAAGCACUCAAUCAUGACUAUUUCAAGACUUAUCCACUUGCAUGCUCACCCAAACAAUUACCCUCCUUUAUUGAGAGAGAUUUUGUGCAAUAUAAACGAUCAUCACACAAUCAUCGUCAUUUAUACGAUGAUGACAAUUAUGAGAGAGAUGGUUAUCAGCAUCAGCAGCACCACCAUCAGCACAAUAAUUAUUCCACACAUAACGAUCAGCACAACGAAUAUCAGCAACACAACAAACGAGGAAGAAAUGAUUACAAUUCCGAAAGAAAUGAUCAGUGGAAGAAACGAAAGUAA